AUUCAAGAGCUGAACAGGCUUCGAUGGCUGUACGUGGAUGGAAACAAUCUUGCAGAAUUACCUGCUGAGAUUGGUGACGUAAACGAGCUGUUGGAGCUGAGUGUGAGUAACAACCAGUUGGUUGGUUUACCUACCAGUAUUCAAAAGCUAUACAGGCUUAAAGUGCUGGACUUGGAUAUAAACAAUCUUACAGAAUUACCUGCUGAGAUUGGCAACCUAAAGGAGCUGUGGAAGCUGAGUGUGAGGUGGAACAAGUUGGUUGGUUUACCUACCAGUAUUCAAAAGCUGAACAGGCUUAAAGUGCUGUACUUGGAUGGAAACAAACUUACUGAAUUACCUGCUGAGAUUGGUGACCUAAAGGAGCUGUGGUUUCUGAGUGUGACUAACAACCAGUUGGUUGGUUUACCCUCUAGUAUUCAAAAGCUGAACAGGCUAAGAGAGCUGUACUUGGAUGGAAACAAACUUACUGCGUUACCUGCUGAGAUUGGUGACCUAAAGGAGCUGUGGCAGCUGAGUGUGAGUAACAACCAGUUGGUUGGUUUACCUACCAGUAUUCAAAAGCUGAACUGGCUUAGAGAGCUGUACUUGGAUGGAAACAAACUUACUGAAUUACCUGCUGAGAUCGGUGACCUAAAGGAACUGUGGCAGCUGAGUGUAAGUAACAACCAGUUGGUUGGUUUACCUACAAGUAUUCAAAAGCUGAACGGGCUUUCAGAGUUGUACCUGGAUGGAAACAAACUUAGUGAAUUACCUGCUGAAUUUGGUGAUCUGAGGGAGCUGUGGAAGCUGAGUGUGAGGUGGAACCAGUUGGCUAGUUUACCUACAAGUAUUCAAAAGCUGAACAGCCUUAGAGAGCUGUACUUGGAUGGAAACAAACUUACUGAAUUACCUGCUGAGGUUGGUGACCUAAAGGAGCUGUGGCAGCUGAGUGUGAGUAACAACAAAUUAGUUGGUUUACCUACCAGUAUUCAAAAGCUGAACGGGCUUUCACAGCUGUACUUGGAUGGAAACGAGCUUACUGAAUUACCUGACGAGAUUGGUGACCUAAAGGAGCUGUGGCAGCUGAGUGUGAGCAACAACCAUUUGGUUGGUUUACCUACCAGUAUUCAAAAGCUGAACUGGCUUAGAGAGCUGUACUUGGAUAGAAACAAGCUUACUGAAUUACCUGCUGAGAUUGGUCACCUAGGACAGCUGAGGAAGCUGGGCGUCAGAGGUAAUCCUUUAACUGUUGAUGCAAUAAGAUGUGCUCUGAAGUUGGAGAAAAAAGGAGUUCACUCUGAUAUUGCAGGUGAGUACAAAUAA